ACAACUCCAGCGGCGAUAACGCGAUGACCAGCGAUGCCAGGGAUCAGUCGACCGCCAGUGAUAACGGUUCCGGUGCUGAGCGAACCGUUCCCUCCAUUAAGAUAUCGAAGAAUAAGCGCAAGAACUCCAAGAACUGGUCGAUUGUUGGCCAACAGUCGGCCAAGAAUUGUCACAAUAAUGGAAAUGCGAAAAACAAUGGAUUAAAUGUCGACAAUAAUGGCAACGAUUUGGUCCCUAAGAAGAGGGGAAGGAAACCAAAGUUAAACAAUGGAUUCACUGUCACUACCGAUGAAGUCAAUGGACACAAGACUAACAAAAAGCAGAAGAGGUGUAUAAACGAUAAGAAGCGGAUGGAAAUGGAUUACAAGCAAAACACUGUUGAAGAAGAAGUGGAAACCGUUGAAAAUGAUCGCAAAAUUAAUAAAAUGCACACCAAAUGGAUGUUGAAUUGUCUGAUUAAAAAAGUGGACACAGACUUCGAGCAGAUCCUUCCCAAUGAGAUUCUCAUUAAAAUAUUUGAUUACAUUUUGGUCGACGACCACAAUAGGACGCAAUCCAUCAUUAACACCGGAACCGUUAUCACUGGCGGUCGACUGAUCCCUGGCAUCGCUGGUCAUCGCGUUAUCGCCGCUGGAGUUGUGGUGACUGUCGUCGCGAGCGGUGCUGUCGUCGCUGUCUUGAGCGCCGCCGACGGGAAUGUAAUCCAUGUCCACAUCUGA